AUGAAAGAGUGGAGAAUCUUUGAACAGUCGUGUGCAAACUGUGAGAAGAUUUUCAAGGCUGCAACGACGCAGAUAAAAAUCAUCAAAAAUGUGGACGCAAAGUCGGUCGCCUCGUCAUCUUCAAGGAAACUAAGAGCCACCAUAAAAUUGGAGGAAGUUCAAGCCAAAUUGAAAUUAGCAGAGGAAGAGGCAUCAAUUCAGAAGAAGAAAGCAGAAAUAAAACACAAAAAGGAAGAGGAGCAACUUAACGCUGAGCUAUCGGUUCUAAAACUGAAGAAAGAGGCAGUAGAAAUGGAGGCGGAAGUUAAAGCUGCUUCUAUCUAUGAUGAAGAUGAACGUCCUCCCUCUUUAGCUAUUCCUGUGGACCAAACUCGUACUGAGCGAUAUAUCACUGAACAUUUUCCCCAUCAAUCGAAGAAUGUUAUUCAGCCGAGGACUGUGAAUCCAGUACGCAUCCAGCACAAUUCUGAAGAUAGGACCGAGCCAUAUAUUGCUGAACAUUUUUCCCGUCAACCAGAGAAUGUUAUUCAGCCGAGGACUGUGAAUCCAGUACGCAUCCAGCACAAUUCUGAAGAUAGGACCGAGCCAUAUAUCGCUGAACAUUUUUCCCAUCAACCAGAGAAUGUUAUUCAGCCGAGGACUGUGAAUCCAGUACCCAUCCAGAACAAUUCUGUAUAUAGAACAGUGCCUGUUGUUCACGAACAUUCAGUCAUUCCCAAUCAUGACAACAAAGUUGCGUCAGAGUUGACUUCCUUCCUUCUAAAGAAAGACCCACUAAUGACAAGGCUUUCAACAUUUGAUGAAAAACCAGAGAAUUACUCUGCGUGGAAGACUAAUUUCAGGAGCAUCAUGUUUGAGCUUCAUGUGAGCCCUCCUGAAGAAAUAGAUCUACUUAUUCGCUGGCUGGGACCAGAUUCAGCUAGACACGCUAAGACUAUCCGAUCAUCACUAGGCUCUGAAACAUCACAGGGAGUUAAGAGGAUAUGGGAACGUAUGGACGAGCGGUUCGGUGCCCCGGAAGUGGUGGAGGCAUCCAUCAAGCACAAACUUAAUUCAUUUCCAAGACUUGGGAACAAGGAGAAUAAAAAGUUAUACGAGUUAGUGGAUAUUAUGAUAGAGAUUGAAUCAUUAAUGGGAAAUCCGCAUUACUCCACAUUACUAUCAUAUUUCAACUCUUCCUCGGGAGUUUCUCCCAUCAUCCACAAGCUUCCUUUUAAUCUACAGGAGAAAUGGACAACGAGAGCGGCAAAUUACAAAAGGCAACACAACGUAUCCUAUCCACCCUUCUCCUUUGCAUUGGAUUUUGUACGUGAGUUGUCCAGAAUUCGCAAUGACCCCGCAUUUUUUCACAUUGAGACUCAAACGACUACAGGUAAACCAUCUACCACGUCACGCAUGACUACAGACCAGAGGUCAGUGAUUGUCCGGAAGACAGAUGUCCAUACUAACACUUCAGGGCCUCCAGACAAAGUGUGCCCGAUACAUUUAUCAGAUCAUUCUUUAAACCACUGCAGGGAAUUCUCAAGAUGGGAUAUGAAAAAGCGCAAGGACUUGUUAAAGAAGAAGGGCAUCUGUUUUAAGUGCUGUGCAUCAAAUAACCAUCUGAUGAAAAACUGCAAACACCCCAUACAGUGUGAGAAAUGUGACAGUGAACUACACCCAACAGCACUGCACGUUACUGAGUCCAAUACUAGAAGAACAACCUUCAACAGUUCAGAAACGGCAAACAAUUAUGGCGGGGAGGGAACAGAGGUAUCCUCUAAAUGUACUACACUCUGCGGCUUUGUUAAUGGUGGACGCUCCUGUGCUAAGAUCGUUCUAGCGAAGGUAUUUCCCACUGAUCGUCCGCAAGAUGCUGUGACUGUGUAUGUGUUGCUUGACGACCAGAGCAAUCACACCCUAGCGCGCUCUGAACUUUUGAACCAACUUGGGGUCACAUCUGACCCUAUCCCUGAUAGACUUAAAUCCUGUGCUGGAGUGACUGAGGCAUCUGGGAGAAGAGCAGUUGGAUUCUGUAUUCAGUCUAUGGACGGACUUGCUUAUCACAAGCUGCCGCCCAUUAUAGAGUGUAAUGACAUUCCAGAUAAUGUGAUGGAAAUUCCUACCCCAGAGGUUGCCCGUGCUCAUCCUCACUUACGACACAUCGCCAAUGAACUCCCCCCACUCCGCAAAGAUGUCAGCAUACAGCUCUUGAUUGGUAGGGACUUGGUGGACAUACAUCAGGUGCAAGGUCAAGUGACAGGACCCUCAGCAUCUCCCUUCGCACAAAAACUGAGCCUUGGAUGGGUGAUAAUUGGUGACGUUUGUUUGGAUGGUCGUCACAAGCCGAGUGAUCUCAGUGUUCUUAAGACUAACAUUCAGCAUGAUGGUAGAGGGACAAUAUUUACUCCAUGCCAAAACAGUCUUCAUGUUAAGGUUCAAGGCCCUCUAAACAACGGAUCUUCUCAGACCCUAGAUUUUAAGGGGGAUAGUGUGUUUUACACAGAUAGACAUGACAACAAGAUUGGAAAUUCAGUAGAGGAUCGAGAGUUUCUAUCAAUGAUGGAUCAAACGUUUCAUAUGGACUCCAGGGGAAAUUGGACGUCUCCCCUCCCCUUCAAGAACACCCGUCCAACCUUGACGAACAACAGGGCUCAAGUUUUCAGACGGGCCAUCAACCUAGACAACAGUUUGAAGAGAAAUCCUGAAAAACUAAAGCAGAUGUGUGAAUUCAUGGAAAACAUAUUCAACACAGGAGCAGCAGAGAGGGCACCAGAGAUACCAAAUGGACACGAGUGCUGGUACAUCCCAAUAUUUGCUGUGACACACCCAAAGAAACCUGGCAAGGAUUCAUGUGCCAUAGCUGGUGACAUCCAGCAGAUGUUUUACCGUUUCUUUGUGAAUGAGAGGGACAGAGACUACUUACGAUUUUACUGGUACGAAGACAAUGAUCCACAUCGUAAGAUGAUCGAGUAUCGUAUGACUGUCCACGUUUUUGGGAACAGACCUUCCCCUGCCGUGGCGACAUACGGGCUGAGGCGUGCAGUACGAGAUGCGGAUACUGAGGUCGUUAGCUUUGUAAACCAGGACUUUUAUGUUGAUGAUGCAUUGACGUCUAGACCAACUCCUGUUGAAGUAAUUGACCUGAUGAGGCGAACUCAGAAGGCACUAGACGAAGAAGGUAAAAUACGACUGUACAAGAUCGUAUCAAAUGUACAAGAGGUAUUGGAUGCGUUCCCUCCAGAUGACCUAGGAAAGGACAUAAAGGAUUUCUCAAUUGGUGACGAUGACAAUUUGGUUCAGCACAGCCUAGGAUUGGCCUGGAAUUUGAGUUCUGACUGUUUCAUCUUCCAGAAGCCAGAUGCUGAUGUCCCCUUUACUCGACGAGGAAUCCUCUCCAAGGUCAAUAGUAUCUUUGACCCCAUAGGCUUCCUGUCUCCACUGACAAUCUGUGGAAAGAUGAUUCUACGUGAGAUGUGUACAAGAAGUCCAAGCUGGGAUGAUCCUUUAUCUGAAGAGCACAGAGAUAGAUGGGAGAGUUGGAGCAUGUCCCUAGACCAGCUGAGCACUCUACGGAUUCCCCGUAUGUUUGUUCCAAGUUCGCUAAGUUUAGCCACAGACCCACAAGUGCUGAUAUUCUCUGAUGCAUCCGAAACAGCGAUUGCCGCCGCAGCUUACCUGAAGGUGAAUCAUUACAUAGGAUUCAUAAUGGGAAAGUCAAUGCUCGCUCCUUCAGCAGGACACAGUAUUCCACGUUUGGAACUUUGUGGAGCCGUAUUGGCAACAGAGAUUGGAGAGUUCGUCUCAGAUCAUCUUUUUAUCCCAACGUCCUCUAUUAGCCAGUGGAAUUAUGUACCUACUCACCUGAAUCCAGCUGAUGCAGCAACUAGGGGAUCAGGUUCUGAUAUGAGAAAUAUAUUGGACACCUGGCUCACUGGACCAGAGCAGUUUUGUUCAAAGGACUUAACAGAGAUUGGACCAGAAGUUGACUAUCCACUUGUCAGUCCUGACGAAGACAAGGAUAUUCGACCAGAAGUGAGUGCGUUUAAAGCAGACCUAUCAGAAAAUCUGACUCCAAUGGAGGAUCGUUUCGCAAAAUUCUCUACAUGGGACAGUCUUUUGUCUGCACUGUCUACCCUUCGCCAUGUGUCUGCCUCCUACAGAGGUUCAAAUGACUGUACAGGCUGGCACUUGUGCCAGAACACCAAACAUGAGUCUGAGCUCAAAAACAUGGAGCACUUCAUCCUUAGAUGUGUGCAAUGUCAGGCUUUUAAGGCUGAACUCGAAGCAAUUGAAGGAAAACAUAACCUACCUAGGAACAGUCGCAUUCAAGAUUUAUCUCCAUACAUUGACGAUGUUGGCUUGCUGAGAGUUGGAGGCCGUCUCAACAACUUGCAGGGCAGUGGACUUGCUUCGUUGAACCCUGUUAUAGUUCCAAAUGGACAUGUUGCUACUCUACUGAAACUCCGCAGAACACCCCAGGAGCAGAAGAUGGCAGAUCUUCCUUUGGAUCGGCUCACCCCAGGACCCCCAUUUACAUCUGUAGGACUUGACGUAUUUGGUCCAUGGCCGGUGGUUACCAGAAAGACGCGUGGUGGGUCUGCUCAGAGCAAAAGAUGGGCUGUGUUAUUUUCUUGUCUAACCACACGUGCGGUUCACAUCGAAGUUAUAGAGGACAUGUCUAGCUCAUGUUUCAUCAAUGCCCUACGACGCUUUGUAGCCUUGCGCGGACCAGUUAAACUCUUUCGCUCUGAUAAGGGCACUAAUUUUAUUGGAGCCGUGAACGACCUCAAUGUGAAUGCGGUAAAUGUCGAAGACAAGAUGGUCCAGACCUACCUGAAGGAUAACAGAGCAACCUGA